GCCACGUGCUCUGCAGUCCUGGCCUGCCCUCCCUUUGGGCCUGGGAAGGAGCUGCUAUUUAUUCAUCGCCCAACAGUCCAGUACAUCACCACGUCGGGGAUCAAUCAGCAGCCCCAAACGCGAUCCAUCCUUUCAUCCCUGGAUAAAUACUACAUAGGCCCCAGCCAUGGCUCAACUGCAGGCCCGUUUCUUCACUGACAACAAGCAAUAUGCAGUGGACGAUGUUCCCUUCUCUAUCCCCGCGACCUCCGAAAUCACCGACCUUAGUAAUGUUAUCAAUAAACUGCUGGAAGCCAAAAAUGGUGCCCACAAGCACGUGGAGUUUGAUUUUCUUAUCCGAGGUCAGUUCCUGCGGAUGACACUGGUCAGACAUAUGGAACUAGAGAAUGUUUCAACGGAAGAUGUGGUGGAGAUAGAGUACGUGGAGAAAUAUACAGCGCCUCAGCCCGAAGAGUGUAUGCUCCAUGAUGACUGGAUCAGUUCAAUUGAAGCGACAGAAGAAUGGAUCUUGACCGGCUCUUACGAUAAGACAGCUCGGAUAUGGUCCUUGGAAGGAAAGUCCAUUAUGACAAUUGCUGGACAUUCAGAAGUGGUGAAAGAUGUGGCCUGGGUGAAAAAGGACGGUCUGUCUUGCCUGCUCGUCACUGCCUCCAUGGAUCAGACGAUCGUGCUGUGGGAGUGGAACGCGGAAAGAAACAAAGUGAAAGCCCUACAUUGCUGCAGGGGCCAUGCUGGGAGUGUGGAUUCUAUAGCCGUCGAUAGCACAGGAAGUAAAUUUUGCAGUGGCUCUUGGGAUAAGAUGUUAAAGAUCUGGUCUGCAGUUCCUACGGAUGAAGACGAUGAAAUGGAAGAAGUAACAAACCGACCUAGAAAGAAACAGAAAACGGAGCAGUUGGGACUAACAAGGACUCCCAUAGUGACCCUGUCAGGCCAUAAUGAGGCCAUUUCCUCAGUGCUGUGGUCAGAUGCUGAAGAAAUCUGUAGUGCCUCAUGGGACCACACAAUUAAGGUGUGGGAUGCAGAGACGGGAAGUGUCAAGUCAACUUUGACGGGAAACAAAGUGUUUAACUGUAUCUCCUACUCUCCACUUUGUAAACGUUUAGCAUCUGGGAGCACCGAUCGACACAUCCGGCUAUGGGAUCCCCGCACUAAAGAUGGUUCAUUGGUGUUACUCUCUCUGACCUCUCACACUGGUUGGGUCACUUCGGUGAAAUGGUCUCCCAUGCAUGAACAACAGCUGAUCUCAGGUUCCCUGGACAACAUGGUCAAGCUCUGGGAUACGAGGAGUUGCAAAGCACCUCUCUAUGAUUUGGCUGCUCACGAAGACAAAGUUUUUAGCGUGGACUGGACAGAGACAGGGCUGCUGUUAAGCGGGGGAGCAGACAACAAGCUAUAUUCGUACAGAUACUCAGCAACUAUGUCUGAUGUUGGAGCGUGAAAGUGAAUAUCAACGAGGAUUUAGAGUGUCUCGGUCUACAGCCUAAGGGAAAUCCUUAAGCAGAACGGUCAACUGACCAGGUCAAACUUUCAGAAAGCAGCCUUCUACGAACAGUAUCCUCUCUACCUGGCUGUCAGCCGAGAGUACUGACAUUUUAUUUCUUCCCUUUAAUUUUGGGGUAUUUAUAGGAUAAUAAUCUGUGUUAAUAAAUGAAAGAUGGCCAGAUUCUCCCACUGUAUUGAAUAGCAACUACAUUAAAACUGCUGGGGUUUUUCCCCCACUAGAAA